UGGAGAGGCAAACAAGAGGCAAAAAAAAAAACAAACCAUCUACAACUGAAUCACAAUCCAAAUCAGUGAAUUGAAGCGAUUCGCUCGCACUUGCGAAAAAGAUACAUUUUAGCAGCUAAUACGAUUGUAAUGCGGUUUUACAAAGCAAAGAAGAAAAAAAAGAGAAGGAAAUUUUUCAAUUACCGCUCUCAAAGCAGAGGACAAGUGAUUUACAUGCAUUCACUGACAUUGAUGCCAAUGAAAGAACGCUUAUGACAGGAAGACAGCGUGGAGGAGGCACAAGGCGGAAGUACGUGGUAGGCAAGGCAGCAGCAAAAACAAAGCUACUGUGGUAGGAGGAAGGGCUUGGCUGUCCCUUAAAUGGAUGCACUGUCAGGGGAAGUUCUUCAGUUACAGGCAGACUAUCACAGCGAAAGGAAGGAAAUCGACCACAAACAGAAACGACCGCCGGCCGACAACCUAAGAGGAAGCGUGAAGCAUAAAACGUGACAUGAGACUGGCUCAAAUUUAUGAUGCAUCGAACAAAGCAUAAAUAUUUUAAUAACAAAAUAAAAAUGUUGCUCUUAAUAUUAAUGUGGGCAUUAAUGUGGCACCAGCCAGCAUUUUAUGGUGGAGCAUCAUCAACAUAUGAUGAAGAUUCGAAUGUUUCCGUUUAUGCGGCUACAGCCACAGCUACGGCGUCUGCAGAUGCAAAAGCUGUAGUCAUAGCUGUUGAUGAUGAUGAUGUUGGUAAUGGUGGCAAGGGUACUACUGCUGCCAAUGGCUCUGAUAUGAUAAAUGAGCACUCAGACAGCAAAAGCACACGAAGGAUGUCUGCGUUUGAAGACAACGACGAGGACGACGACAAUGCUGCGAUUUAUGGACAUAUUAAUGAAAACGAUAAUAAGUCCUAUAAAUUACCACAAAACGUAUUGAACGCGCAACGGAAAGAACGGCCAGCGAAGGCAAAAGCAACCUCACCAUCCGUUCAAGCUCUGCGGGAAGAAGAAUCUGAGCCGGGCCAGGAUCGAUUAAAUGAAACCAAAUUUGCUGACGUCUCAGGAGAUGGCAACAUAAAAGGCAUUGCCUGCACUCAUGAUGCUAGGCCAGAGAAUAAAGGCUUGCCAGAGACAACAAAUGAAUGUGCCACAGAACAAGCCACAAAGAAUAAGCCUGGCGAAAAGGAAUUGCAAAAGGAAAAAGAUCAUUCAUUAUUUACCAUUCAAUCCGAAAUGAUUCGUGACUUUGCUCUGCGUUACAAGAAAAUCCCUCGCAUAAAUUUAUUCACCUGCAAAGACCCUCCAUGUGUUGGUCUGGAAUGCUCUGACAAGCGUGCCAAUAUAUGGAGAAAAACCCAAAAAUAUCGCCAGACUUUGAAGUUAUUGGAACAUCUGUUUUCUCAGAACAAUGCUCAUGAUGAUUUACCCAACAAAAGUCUACUGCUCAAAGUAGUUCACAUUGAUCAUCUGCAACCGAAAAGCCGUUCAAAUUCAAAAACCUUAAAUCGUCGUGGCCAAAAUGAUAGGGCAAAUGUUAGAAAUAUGGGAGUUGCAACAUCGCCAAAUGCAGCCUCAAAUCCUAAUUGGCUGGAUCAGGUGUUGCAGGGUGAAUAUUAUCGUCAGAUUGUGGUUGUGGACCUAUCAUGUGGACAGGCUAGUCGUCGGUUACUUGAAUUGGCCUCGAAUAAGGCUCUGUUUAACUCUGUGUAUCAUUGGCUGUUGAUGGAGGAUUAUGCAUUUAAUCGACAAACUGAAAUCGAUGAUGCGGAUGAUAUGAAAAACAAGAUGAGCACUGGCUGUAGCAACACCAACGGCAGCUCGACAACUGGCAGCAACAGUAGCAACGACACCGACAAGGAAGUUGUCAACGACAGCAACGACGAGAGCAACGGCAGCAAGUCAGCCAUGCUGGUAAAGGAAUUAUUCUUUUCCUCCACAACAACGGAUGUUGUUGGCGCCCCCGUAUCCGGUUUGGCCAAGCUAAAUAAGAGACAGCCAGCAAAAGCGACAACAAGUGGCCGUGGUGGUGGUGGUGGUGGACGAGGCGACGCGGCAAAAUCAUCCGCUAUCAGUGGCUCUGGCCCUGUUGCCCAGGCAGAUGAGGAUGACAUGGAGAUUAUUGAAAAGUUUCUUGAAAAACUCAACAUCAAUAUAAAUACUGAGUUAAUAUUGGCAAAACGGCGUAUGCGUGGCAUCACCGCAGCAGAACCCCUCAACAAGGACACCAACACGAACUCUACCCCAACCAUGGCAAGUUCCACUUCCUGCUCCGCCACUGCCACUGCCACUGCGACAGCUACUGAUGAUUAUAAUACACUUCAAAAGAUGGAUUACUACAUAUUAUACGAUGUUUGGAAUCCCGGCCGCCAAUAUGGUGGCGAGUUAAAUAUAUCCAAAGUUGGAUAUUUUUCAUAUAAUCAAGGCUUACAACUGGCUGAAUGGUAUAGUACAAAAUCCUUUGUAUUGAGACGCAUGAACAUGCAUUUGGCCAACAUAAAAUGUCAAAUUGUGAUAAUACAUAAAAGCAAUACAACUACCUUGCAUGACUAUCUCACCAAUCGCAAAGAUACACAUUUGGAUUCGAUGCAUCGUUUCAAUUUCGCAUUAUUAUCCCAUGUGCGAGAUUUAUUCAAUUUCAGUUUCAUUUUGUCGAAGACCUCCAGCUGGGGUUACCUAAAGAAUGGCAAAUUUGAUGGCAUGAUUGGUGCAUUGGUCCGCAAGCAAGUCGACAUUGGUGGAUCGCCAAUUUUCUUUCGCAUCGAACGUGCCAAAGUGAUUGAUUAUACGACCAGCACUUGGGUGGCCAGACCCUGUUUCAUAUUUCGCCACCCGCGCAGCACCAAAAAGGAUCGAAUCGUGUUUCUGCAACCCUUUUCAAAUGAUGUCUGGAUUUUGAAUCCCGGCCGCCAAUAUGGUGGCGAGUUAAAUAUAUCCAAAGUUGGCUAUUUUUCACAUAAUCAAGGCUUACAACUGGCAGAAUGGUAUAGUACAAAAUCCUUUGUAUUGAGACGCAUGAACAUGCAUUUGGCCAACAUAAAAUGUCAAAUUGUAAUACAUAAAAGCAAUACCACUACCUUGCAUGACUAUCUCACCAAUCGCAAAGAUACACAUUUGGAUUCGAUGCAUCGUUUCAAUUUCGCAUUAUUAUCCCAUGUGCGAGAUUUAUUCAAUUUCAGUUUCAUUUUGUCGAAGACCUCCAGCUGGGGUUACCUAAAGAAUGGCAAAUUUGAUGGCAUGAUUGGUGCAUUGGUCCGCAAGCAAGUCGACAUUGGUGGAUCGCCAAUUUUCUUUCGCAUCGAACGUGCCAAAGUGAUUGAUUAUACGACCAGCACUUGGGUGGCCAGACCCUGUUUCAUAUUUCGCCACCCGCGCAGCACCAAAAAGGAUCGAAUCGUGUUUCUGCAACCCUUUUCAAAUGAUGUCUGGAUUUUGUUGGCCGCCUGUGGCUUUGUGACCAUUCUGCUGUUGUGGCUGUUGACAACACUUGAGCCGGAGGAGAGAUCCAUUUCAGUGAUAUCGGCCAAACUGAUCCCGGGGGGUAAUUUCAAAAGGCGCCUGGUGCGUUGGUCCGGUCUGCUGUGCGGCUACGAUGUAAGGAAUGAUGCAAGGGCCACCCAGCGAGUGGGCUUAUUUUUGGAGUCCAUACUAUUUUAUGUGGGAUCUAUAUGCCAGCAAGGUUUGACUUUUGCCACCCGCUCCUUUGCCGGGCGUUGUAUUGUGACCACUUCAUUGCUAUUUUCGUUUGCCAUUUAUCAAUUCUAUUCGGCAAGCAUAGUGGGAACAUUGCUGAUGGAGAAGCCCAAAACUAUCAGAACUUUAAGGGAUUUAAUUCAUUCAUCCCUGGACAUAGGCAUUGAGGAUAUACCCUAUACUCGAGAUUUCUUUUUGCGUACAAGAGACCCCGAUGCCCAGGAGUUGUAUGCCAAGAAAAUUACCAAUGUCCCUACCAAUAAUGGCACCGAGUUUGGAGAUAGCCCCCAAGACAAUUUUGUCCUACCCACUCCGGCAUCUCAAGUGCCCUUAACGGAUAAACAAAAAGCUAAAGCCUAUCGGGAUAUUUUGCACAGUCAUGAGUCGGGAGCGCAUGCCAAGAGUAAUGAUGCCUCCAAUUGGUAUGAGCCAGAAUUUGGGGUGGCAAAAAUUAAGAAAGGACAUUUUGCUUUUCAUGUCGAUGUGGCAACGGCCUAUAAACUUAUGGGCGAAUCGUUCACGGAGAAGGAAAUUUGCGAUUUAAUGGAGAUUCAAUUGUUUCCCCCAGGAAAAAUGGUUAGCAUUGUACAGAAGGGAUCACCACUGCGUAAACCAAUAUCAUAUGGAUUACGUCGCCUUACCGAAGUUGGCAUAUGGGAUUAUCAGCACAAGAUUUGGCAUUCGAGUAAACCUCGUUGUGUUAAACAAAUACAUGCUGAAGAUCUUCAGGUUGAUAUGCAAACAUUUACAUCGGCAUUGUUUGUAUUGCUAUUUGGUUUCCUCAUCAGUGGAUUGAUAUUAUCCUUGGAGAAAAUACAUCAUCGAAUGUGGCAGCGAUACACGGAGAAAAACUAAACACAGAUAUUUUUGCAAAAUUUUAUGGACACAGAUCAAAGUAAAUGCAGCAUUAACCUAAUAGUACUUCACCUUUGCUCUUAUGGCUCAUUCAUUCAUUCAAAGGCUGGCUACCUACACUGUGAUACUGGGAAUUUCUGUUGUUUUUUUUUUCGUUUUUUUUUUCAGCUGCCCAUCCAUAAAGGACCUUGUUAAAAGGCAAUUUAUAUCCUUCUCAAUAUGUUAAUCGCUUUUGGUAUUCCAUUUCUGCUUGCUAAUGUUAUUCUCUUUGUUUGAAAAACUGGCCGACCGUUAAACCUCCCCCAGCCGCCGCAGCCGCCCGCCUUGUCGGUUUGUUAGUUUUUAAUACUUUUAUUCAAUGCUAAGAACCAUUCAAUAUAUUAGCGUAUUGUUAAAUAUUUAUGAAAAAAGGACUCUCAAUGGCUCUUAGCCAAACAAACAUGCAGACCGACAACGACUGCCCUAUGCUCACACAAAAAUGCUCAGCAUUGCCGGCGCCUACGCUUUCGUCUUUGCCUUAUUGUGCUGCUGCUGCCGCUGCUGCUGAUGCAACACCGGCACUCCGAACUAAAUCUACAAAAGCCACAUUCACAUCUUGCGAACAAAACGUUGGCCAAUGGAUUGGAUGCUCUCGGUUAUGCUGAUGCCAUUGCUGUUGGGGGUUUUGGGCUGCUUUUAAUAUGGCCAAGAGCCGAAAGCGGGACGCAGUGGAGCAGAGCCAUAUCUUUAUGAAUGAACGAAUAAAUAAUGCACAAAAAAUAAAAUAAAGCACACAAAUACAACAAAUAAUAAAAACGCCACACACAACAGUAGAGCUCAACACAACAACGAAAUGAAAUCGCCAAAGAGAGAUGGCAACAAAAAAAAAAAAAAAACAAAAAAGAACUGAAACGAAACGAACUUUUCUAAAUAAUGUUACGCUGGG